AUGUCCAUUUCCAGAUCCUCAACGGAACCUGCUUUGCAACCUUCCACACCUUUUGGAUGGUUUAUAAAAAAUAACUUCCACCAUGAGAUAUUCUGCGAAACCGACAACCGCUUCACUGUGAAAGAAAUUCUAACACAGCAGGAGAAAACACGAGGAAAAAGAGUGGUUGUGGAAACUACUCUCAUUACUGAUAUAGACAAGAAAAGAAGAAAGGUUCCUGGUUGUGAUAAGGAGUGUAACGAAUUAGCAUUGAUGUACCAAAAGGAGCUUUUUGAAACGAAAGUAGUUGAUGUUCAGGGCAUUUCUGAGAAGGCUGAUGAUUGUUUUCGUUUCCAUCUGGAACAGAUGAAAAAGGAGAUGGAUGAGAAGAUCACUAAUAAUAAGAAAGAGUAUGAGAUCCAGAUUAGUGCUGUUGAGCAAGAGUGUGAAGAGAAGAUCAGGAGUAUAAAGAAAGAGUGUGAGAUCAAGAUUAGUGCUAUUGAGCAAGAGUGUGAAGAGAAGAUCAGGAGUAUGAAGAAAGAGUGUGAGGAUGUGAUCAGGACUAACAACCAAGAGUGUGCUGAGAACUUCAGGGGUGUAAAGACAGAGUGUGAGAUCCAGAUUAGUACUAUGGAGGACUUGCAACAAAACCAUGCCAAUGAAAUCCAAGAACUGAAGUCAGAUCUGGGGGUAUGA